ACCUUCAGCCGUUGACUUAAUUUUGCAUCUCAAAAAAUCCUAAACUUUUCAUCAUGCACUCUUAAAAUUGUUUGCUCUUUGUUGAGCUCCCGAGAAAAUAGAGCAUUUUGCGCGCGGAAUCUUAAAGACUUCUUCUCAGUUCUGAGAAAUUAAGGAUGAUUUAUGAAGUUCUUAAACUGGUGUUGCAAGGUGUUCUAACAGUCUACACACCUCUCAAAGACGCGGUUUUAUGCAUGGAGGGCAAGGCAAAAUAUGUCAAAAAAUUAGAAGACAAUUUGACAAAAAUCACUGCAGAGUUGGCUAUCUUUCGAUCGAAGAAGAAUCAAAUUGAUGCAACACUGGAAGCAAAUUUGUCUAAAGAAAAAAGUGAUGAAUACGAUCUUUUGAUCACGCAGUAUAAAUUUUUCGAAAAAAGAUACGACGAGUAUAUCAACAAGUACCAGCGACUCUGCCAGAAACUCCCGAAUUUUGAGGCUCACGACGCCUCGAGUGCAAACGACGUGAUGAAUGCUCUGCAGGAGAGAAAACCGACCAUCUUGACGUGCAAGUUUUUCAAGCUUGCAAAGCUCAGUAGAAAGACAAUUGAGCUGCUUGAUGGCAUUUUAGAGCUCACUGUCGAAAUGAAACCUGAGAAUGUGUUGCGCGACAAGAAAAUUGAGUCUGUUCAAGUGAAACAUGAUGAUAUUGAUCUUCCUUCAUCCAUUGGAUAUGUUGAAAGAAUCUUGAGGUAUCUCAGUGAAGACGGCAUCAGAUCAAUGGGUAUCUUGGGGGCCAUUGGAGUAGGAAAAACAACUAUCCUCAUAACGUUGAAUAAUCAACUCAAAAAUUCAUCAAUGAAGAUGAAGUUUGAGUAUGUCAUUUGGAUAGAUUGUGAUCAGCAACGGAAUGCAAAAGACGAGGCCACUCAAGCUAUUCAGGAUGUGAUAAUGGAGAGACUGAAGCUAGAGAAAGCAAACAGUGCAGAACAAAAUGCAGAAAUAAUUUCGAAGUUACUUUGUGAUAAGAAAUACAUUCUGUUGAUCGAUCAAGUCUCAUCAACCAUCAAUUUGGACAAGGUCGGAAUUCAUAAAGACCACGAACACGGCAAAGUUGUGAUCGCAUCAAGCAACAGAAAAGUUAUCACACCGAUGAUUGAUGAGCAGGUUGAAAUCCAGCCUCUAUCGGAUAAUGAGGCGUUCGACCUCUUCAAACAAAUUUGUGGUACAAUCGAUGACAAGCGCAUUGAAGACUUUGCUAAGUGCAUAGUGAGGUCGUGUGGAGGGCUGCCGCUGGUGAUCAAGUUGGUAGCUACAUAUUUCAAAGGGGAGACAGAUGAACAGGUGUGGAGUGAUGUGAAGCGCCGUUUGCAAUCCAAUACUGAACACAAUUUACUGAAUUUGCAAGGCGUUGGACAUGCUUACAAGCUAGCAUAUGAUAAGUUAGACGACAGUUGCAAGAAGUGCUUGCUUUUUGUGACCUUGUUCCCAAGCAACCACAAAAUAUACAAAGAUUAUCUUGUGGAAUGUUGGAAUGCUGAGCGCUUUCUCGGAGUCGAUCCACUACUUAGAAGUGCACGAGAUCGUGGAGCAACAACGUUGAGGGAGCUAACAGAUCGGUAUCUAUUGCAAACUCACUCGGACAAGCAUGUUAAGAUGCCAGAAUAUUUCAAAAAAGUGGCUGCUGAGCAAGAAUGUGUAGGUGAAAACGAUGGCCUACGUAGGAGGAUGUCGUUGAUAUGUAGUAAGUCCAAUCUACCAAAUGAUCCAAACAAUGUCAACAUCUCAACAUUGUUGAUGCAACACAAUCGUGGCUUGGUGUCAUUUGAAGAUGAGCACUUUCGCAAAAUGCAAAAGCUUCUCAUUUUGGACCUGCACAACACAAAGAUAGAAUAUCUUCCAAAUUCUAUCACUUUCUUGGUUAGUCUAAGAUGUUUAUAUCUGAAUGGUUGUCCUCUACUUGUUGCGUUACCACCGGGAGUAAAAAUGUUGGAGGAGCUUGAACUCCUUGAUAUUCGGGGAACUUCAAUCUGUUCAUUGCCUGAUGGAAUGAGUGAAAUGGUUAAAUUGAAGUGUUUGCGAAUUUCAUUUGGCCAAACGGGGUGUAGACGCGAUGGGGAUUCUACAGAAAUGGAAAUGAAGAAUAUUCCUCUUGAUAUGAUCAGUAGUCUUUGUCAGCUGGAAGAGCUGACCAUUGAGGCAGGCUGCUGUAGUCGAGGCUGGAAUGAUAUUGCUGAUCAGAUACUCGACAAGCUUGCAAAUUUGGAAAAGCUGAGUACUCUAAAUUUUCACUUCCCAGAAGUGAGUAGUCUUAAAAGUUUCGCUGUUCGCAGCCUAUCACUGCAGAAUACAGAGACACAUUGGGGUGCAAACACUUUAAGGUCCUUCAAUAUUUCUGUUGGUUGUUGUGAGAUGAAACUUCCAUAUGGUGUAGAAAUCUCUCGAGUCUCACCAGAAAGACGGCUGAGAUUCUCCACCAUUGAAGACAUUUCGUCGGUGAAAGAAGUGCUAAGGCAGGCCAACUCAUUUGAACUAGUAGGUUACUCUGGGGAAGGGAGCUUGAGUGAAUUCAACUUGAAAAACGCUGAAACAUUGAAAGUUUGUGUGGUCGGACGUUGUACAAAUAUGAGGAGUCUUGUGGAUGGCAAUAAAAUCAAUGAGACGCAGACGGAAAUCAUGGAAGAAACAAAACUUACAACGAGUCUUGCUGUACUUCAGUAUUUGGAGAAACUGCAUUUAUUUGAUCUUCAAAGCCUGGACUCUAUCUGGAGAGGGCCUGUUUCCUCAGGAAGCCUUGAAAACUUGAAGGAUCUUAUAUUGUUUGGUUGCACGAAAUUAACUACGGUUCUCGAUCAUGAACUAGCGAGAGCUCUUUCAAGGUUAGAACAUGUAAAAGUUGAGAAUUGUUCCAAGGUUGUGGAGAUCAUUGAUGCGGAUGUUGAUUUAUCUUAA